AGAACCUUCUCUCUCCCAGCCUAGGUCCUGCUCUCUAGCGCUGAUGAGACACUUUAUGUUUUUUCAUCAAGCUCUGGAGAGGGAAAAACAAACAUAGAAUUGGAAUCUGUUAGGAUUUGACAGUUAAUUGAAAAUUCAAACAAGAUGGAAGAGGAAUUACGGCUUCCAGUAAGGUUGAUGAAUUUCGUAUCCGAGGAACAGUUGGAUGAAGCAAAGAAAUCAAGGGGUGAGCGAGUUGAGGAUGGUACUGCCCAGAGAGACAGGCCCCUCUUCGAGAUUUUAAAGGAGAAUAAGGACAAGAAGGAUGCUGAAUUUAAUGAACGACUCAAGCAUAGACCACCGAAAGCUUUGGAUGAAGAUGAGACUGAGUUUCUUGAUAAUUUAGAAAUGUCAAAGAAGGAAUAUGAGCAGCAGAUAGCAGAUGAGGAAGCCCGACAGCUUCGGAGUUUCCAAGCAGCAGUUGCAGCUCAGUCAUUCAGUGUGGAUGAUUUGAAGGAAACACCACUUGUUCCUCCAGUCCCGGAGCAAAAAUCAAUUGGGAGGAAGAAUCCACCUGCGCGCCCAUUAAGUAUGAUUAUCAAAGUCAAACCUCAGGCGAAGAAAGCGAAGAUGGACCAGGGAAAUGUCGAAGAACAUUUAGAGACAGGGAAAACUCCUGAUGUUAAUAUGGAAAAAUCUUCAGACACGGUGAAAGUACCUAGCAAUGAUGUUGCUAAAACUGGUCUUGUUUCAUACAGUGAUGAAAGUGAAGAUGAUGAUUAGUAGUUUUUGCUAAAGAUACCUUGGAUAUUUAUUAUCACUUGAUUGAAUUUCGUUUA